AGACUAAAAGCUCCAUUAUAAUCGAGCUGCAACAAUGUUCUUCAAAAUGGCCAUCAAAUAAGUGCCAAACAACUAGGGACAACAACUACAUAAUUGCACUAAAGAACUAGAGAAAAAGGAGUAAAAUCACCAAAAACGCAGUUACUGUUCACGACCAGAAAUAUGGAGCUACAGAACUUCGAAUCCAUUUCUGUCAGUUUCCAAUCAAAGAUUGAGUUGAGAAGAACAAGCUAUCCAAAAAUCAGCUCAAUCGGACAUGAAACGAAGUGGGAAUCACGAUUUGAAAAUGGCUGCUAGGGCUGAAAUUGAGAUGCGAAAAUCUGGCCUCUUUUUUUUCACUUUUCUCUCUUGUGUGGCUGCUAGAUUUUUCUCUUGUGAAUCAUGAAAUUAAGACCUAGAAAAGUUUUACAUAUGCACCAUAAGCUUAUGAGCAAAAGUGGGAUAGUCCAAAUUGGAUUUUUAUUUAUCAAGACCAAAAUCCAACGCUAAGAUGCUGUUAUGGCUGUUGUUAUAAGUAAUUGUUAUUUUUUGUGUUUGCGGAAAUACUGAGGAAGGAUGCUGGUGAUUUGUAAGUUUUUUCAAAGGAGAAUCCCCUUGGUACAAUUCUGCCCCGAGUUCAAGUUAAACACAUUGGAGAUAUAACAGAAGAUAAUGUAACCACCACCUUGAAAAGAGCCAUCAGUUUUUAUUCUACUCUACAAGCUCAUGAUGGUCAUUGGGCAGCAGAUUGUGGAGGACCAAUGUUUCUAAUGCCUGGUUUGGUUAUUGUUUUAUCUGUUACUGGGGCACUGGAUACAGUGUUAUCCCAAGAGCAUAAGCGAGAGAUAUGCCGUUAUCUCUACAAUCAUCAGAACUGUGAUGGUGGCUGGGGUUUGCAUAUUGAAAGCCACAGUACCAUGUUUGGUUCAGUUCUGAGCUAUGUUACUCUGAGGUUACUUGGUGAAGGAGCAAAUGGUGGAGAAGGGGCAAUGGACAAGGGCCGCAAAUGGAUUUUGGACCAUGGUACUGCCACUGCAAUAACCUCGUGGGGGAAAAUGUGGCUCUCAGUGCUUGGAGUAUUUGAUUGGUCUGGGAACAAUCCACUUCUUCCAGAGAUUUGGCUUCUUCCUUAUAUCCUUCCAUUUCAUCCAGGAAGGAUGUGGUGCCAUUGUCGGAUGGUUUAUCUGCCAAUGUCCUACUUAUAUGGUAAAAGGUUUGUUGGACCGAUCACGCCAACAGUUUUAUCUUUGAGAAAGGAGCUCUUCACGGUCCCUUAUCAUGAAAUAAACUGGAAUAAAGCACGCAAUGAAUGUGCAAAGGAAGACCUCUACUACCCUCACCCUCUAGUACAGGAUAUCCUUUGGGCAUCUCUUGACAAGCUCAUCGAACCUAUGUUUAUGCAUUGGCCUGGAAAAAAGUUGAGGGAAAAAGCUCUCAGCACUGUAAUGGACCACAUACAUUAUGAAGAUGAAAAUACUCGUUAUAUAUGCCUAGGGCCCGUGAACAAGGUCUUAAAUAUGCUUUGUUGCUGGGCUGAAGAUUCUAAUUCAGAAGCUUUUAAGUUGCAUCUUCCACGAUUAUAUGAUUAUCUAUGGAUUGCUGAAGAUGGAAUGAAAAUGCAGGGAUAUAAUGGAAGUCAAUCAUGGGAUACUUCUUUUGCUAUUCAAGCAAUCAUUUCAACAAACCUUGUUGAAGAAUAUGGUCCAACUUUGAGAAAAGCACAUACGUUCAUGAAAGACACACAGGUGUUAGAUGAUUUCCCAGGCAAUCUUGAUUUCUGGUAUCAUCAUAUUUCAAAAGGGGCUUGGCCUUUCUCUACUGCAGAUCAUGGUUGGUCAAUUUCAGAUUGUACUGCGGAGGGACUUAAGGCAUGUCUUCUACUCUCUAAACUACCUGUGGAAAUUGUUGGUGAACCACUGAAGGCAAAACGUUUGUAUGAUGCUGUAAAUGUUAUGCUGUCAUUACAGAAUCCUGAUGGUGGCAUUGGGACAUAUGAACUGUCAAGGUCAUAUCCAUGGUUGGAGAUGAUCAACCCUGCUGAGACUUUUGGUGAUAUUGUUAUUGAUUAUCCUUAUGUAGAGUGUACCUCAGCUAUAAUUCAAGCUUUGGCAGCAUUUAAGAAAUUAUACCCUGGGUAUCGUAAAAAAGACAUGGAGCGUUGUAUUGAAAAAGGUGCGGCCUUUAUUGAAAAGGUACAAGCAGCAGAUGGCUCCUGGUAUGGAUCUUGGGGAGUUUGCUUUACAUAUGGCACAUGGUUCGGGGUGAAGGGCCUGCUGGAUGCUGGGAGGAGCUUCAACAACUCUUACAGCAUCCGUAACGCCUGUGACUUUCUAUUGUCAAAACAAGUAGUGUCUGGUGGCUGGGGAGAGAGUUAUCUGUCUUGUCAAAACAAGGUGUAUACAAAUCUUGAGGGUAACAGAUCUCACACUGUUUGUACUGCAUGGGCUAUGAUGGCUCUUAUUGAAGCUGGACAGGGAGAGAGGGAUCCAACUCCAUUACACUGUGCAGCAAAGGUAUUGAUAAAUUCUCAGCUUGAAAAUGGAGAUUUUCCUCAGCAGGAGAUAAUUGGGGUCUUCAACAAGAAUUGCAUGAUAUCGUAUUCUGCAUAUAAGAACAUCUUUCCAAUUUGGGCUCUAGGAAAAUAUCAAUCUCAGGUACUUAAAGCUCAAUGAAUGGCAGUUCUAGAUGAAUUCAUUCUCAUCCUCAAGUUGUCAGUGAGCUAUUUCACAACUUCUGUAUUUCUUUAUGAAGCUGAGUGAGAAUAGUCUUCCUCUCUAAAUAAGACUCUUUUAACGACUACAUUGUGGUUCUACAAGAGGAGAUGACAGUUUCUUUAUAGGGUCAAAACUUCUUCCCAAGAGAGGGAUAACUAUGGAAGAGUUUUUCCACAAAGAAAAUAAGGUAGGAAAUCCAGGGCAAACGAUAACUAAUCUCCCCAUUGGCUUGGAUUUUCUGACAUUUUUUUCCCAUCCUUCUUAUUCAGAGAAUCUUCAUCACUACUACUUUUCAUGGUUAAAAAUAUUAUGGUUUAUGGCUUAAUAGUUUGUUUUUGCUUUUAAAGAUGCAGCAUCAUGAAUGUUGAAAAUACAUCUGAAAAUACACCUCUACAUGUAGUACUCAAGACAAAUCUUCACUAUCGUAAAAUUGAUUGCAAUUUGAUUUUUGAA